ACGAUUGACAUUCCUGUCCUUAAAAUAAAAUUGAAGAGGCGUAUUCAAACAUAACGCAAGUAAAAUUUACAAGUAAAACUAAUUACGCAAACAUCGUAAAAGCGUGACAUAUAGUGUUACGAGGACCAUAAGGAGGAGGAUCACGGGAAGGGUCUACAUUUUCAAUAUGGCGGCGAAUUUGAAGUUGCGCGCUCCCAAAACACAAGCAAAGUACGAACAAGAAACCCARGAAAUACCCCAAAAUACGGAAACCACAUGUAAUAUCCUACUCCCUGCAUURCAGAAGAGCUUUUGGUAUGCUGUUAUUGCAGUGUUAGCCUUUGUAUGCUAUCUAAAUAGUCUGGAGUUUGACCUGGUUCAUGAUGAUAUUUUCGCGAUCAAAGACAACAAAGAUGUCCACGCAAAUACCUCAAUUCUUGACCUCUUUAAGAAUGACUUCUGGGGCAAGCCCAUGGCGAGCAACUUAAGCCAUAAGUCCUACAGACCUGYGUGUGUCUUAACGUUCCGGUUGAACUAUUUAGUCCAUGGUUUGUCUGCUUUUGGUUUUCAUCUUGUGAAUGUCUUUCUUCAUGCACUCGUCUGUUUGUUGUUCGUCUAUUUUGCUGAAAAAAUCGUCUUCAAAUCAUUUCGUCUUGCCGUGUGUGCAGGGCUGCUCUUUGCUUCACAUCCUGUCCAUACAGAAGCUGUGACAGGUGUUGUAGGGCGUGCUGAUGUUCUUGCUUGUCUCUUAUUCCUUCUUUCUUUGUUGUUCUUCAUAAGGUCAACGUCUACAAAGUCAAGCAGUUCCGUACAAUGGUUGUACAUGCUUGGGUGUAUUCUGUUGGGCAGUACUGCUAUGCUUGUGAAAGAGCAAGGCAUCACUGUAUUUGGCAUCUGUGUUAUUUAUGACUUCUUUGUUAUUAGCAAACUGUGGAAAAGGUUGUAYUGGAAUGGUAAUUGGUCAACAGAUUUUCUACAGUCAUUAAAACCRAUUAUUUCAAGAACAGUUACCCUUUCAGCAGUGGUGAUCUGCCUGAUGGUGUUUCGCAUAUGGAUGUUAGGAGGAAGUCUUCCAAGGUUCAUCAAGCAAGACAAUCCUGCAUCAUUUUCAGACUCCUUCUCAACAAGAUUCAUGACAUUUUCCUUCCUUUAUGCUUUUAACGCCUGGCUUCUUCUCUCUCCAAGUAAACUGAGCUAUGACUGGCAGGGUGGAAGCAUCCAAUUGGUUGAAACUAUUUGGGAUCCUCGUAACCUAGCAACCAUAGCAUUCUUCAUUGUGAUUGGCUUAUUAGCYUAUCAUAGCUUGUUUUCGAAGAAAGCUCAGGAAGAUGAUCAGCUGACAGUUCUUUUAGGAUUAGUCUUGAUGUCAGUGCCWUUUGUUCCAGCAUCUAACAUAUUUUUUAGAGUGGGAUUUGUAGUUGCAGAGAGAAUUCUUUACAUACCAAGCAUAGGAUUUUGUCUCCUUGUUGUCCAUGGCAUAAACAAACUAGCUGGAAYCACCAGAUAUCAACAUGAUAAUCCCAAGGGAGAAACAAGAUGGUCAGCUAAACUAGCAACCUUGGGUUUAUUUUUACUCGUAAUUUUAUUUUGUUGUAAAACUAUAAGAAGAAAUGAAGUGUGGAGAAACAGAGAAACAUUAUUCAGGUCUGGAGUAGAGACUCUUCCUCACAAUGCCAAAGUGCACUACAACUAUGGAAACUUUUUGAAGGACAUGAAUAAAGAUGAAGAAGCUGUCAAGCACUAUAGAAAGUGUUUAGAGUUAGAGCCAGAUCAUGUGAGUGCCCACAAUAAUCUUGGUACACUUUACACUAACAACACAGAGGAAGCCAUCAGACACUUUAAAUUAGCCAUCAAAUAUGACCCAAUGCAUGCUAAUUCAUAUUUCAAUCUUGGUGUACGUUAUGCAAAACRAAAUAAAUUGGAGAAGGCUGAAAAGAUGCUUAAAGAAGCACUGAGGAUAAACCCCAGCUAUAUCGACGCCAUGAUGAAUUUGGCAGGAAUACUGAGUGAGCAGAACAAAAUAUAUGAGGCUGAGUCAUAUUACAAACAAGUGUUGACGUUAUCACCCAACAAUCCUGAUGGAUACAAUAACUAUGGCGUCUUUUUGGCUAAAAUAGGGAAAGUAAAGGAAGCCUUGAAUGCAUACCAACAAGCCAUCCAACUGAACAACAAUCACUCAGUAGCUUACGUUAAUAUGGGACGAUUGUUUAAAAGUGCUGGACAAGCGCAACAAGCGGAAAAGGCCUAUAAAACAGCUUUGUCCAUCAAGCGAGAAGAGAGCACUUUACAAUUACUCGGUGUGUUGUAUUACAAUCAAGACAGACUAGUAGAUGCCGAGAUGGCCUGGGGUGAGACACUGAAGAUGAAUCCUGCUAAUGAUGAGACUUUGUCGAAUAUGGGAAUAUUAAUGAGCAAAUUAGGACGCCAUGGCGAAGCUGUGCGAUUAGCAAAGAAGGCUUUACAACAUAACCCAAACCAUGCUGAUCACUACAAAAACGUUGCCUCUUCAUUGGAACAGGCAGGGAAGAUAGGAGAGGCAAUUGACGUCAUAUCUUUGGCACUGAAGAAGUUCAAAACCGCUGACCUCUACUUUCACCAUGGCAACCUAUUAAAAGACCUUAACAAUAUGAACGACGCAAAACAGGAUUUCUUGAAGGCAGUAGAGCUUGAUCCAAAGCAUGCAACUGCGCACAUGCACCUAGGAGUCAUACUUCAUAUGGAGAAAAACUAUCCCGAAGCCCGCAAACACUACGAGAAAGCACUGUCCCUGGAGCCACACAACACUAUUUUACAGCAGAACCUGGCUAAACUUAAACGUCUACAAGAAAAACAAUCAAAAGGUGGAUGAAACCAUGGCUGAAAUGGAACCCAAGAGCCCACGUUAUUCUUGGUCAGCACGGACGUUUUAGAUGAUUCAUUUCAUGCAGAGAUAGCUCGGAGAACAUCCUCAUCCUCACCCCCACCCUCUGUACAGUUGAAUUUGUUGUCAUUUCGCCUCUGUUGUUCAGAGUUCUCGUUUAAUUAUUGAAAUCCAGUCUUUGGCCCUUAAAUUUAACAAGUUUGUGGUAAAAGGAAUCGUACAAAUACUCCCCUCUCCCUCCCAGAGAGCAAGAGACAAAAUACCCCCGGGGAGGGGGUGCUCGCUAUUAAUAGACAUGAUAUGCAUUAAUCUCCAGACU